AUGAUGGAGAAACAAGAAAUGAUAAUUAGUAAUGAUGUAGAUGAAUCUAUCAAGCUUUUACAGCCCGAAGAAACAAUUGAAUACGAGCUCGCAGAGGUUAAAGAUGCAAGUGAGGCGCACUUUGAGCAGCCGACUGAAGUAUCUAUUAGCUCUUUGGCUAAUAUCAAAUAUAUAGAGGAAGGAAGAUUUGAGACACACUACAUAGAAGAGCAGAGCAUAGAACAGACCGCGAAUGAAGAGGAUGAGUGUUAUACGAUCCAGGAAGAAGAGGCGGAAUACAUGAGUGAAAACUUAAUAAACAUAGAAAGCCAAGAAGAGGUCUCUAAUGCUGUAGAAGAUAAAAAAGAAACAACAAGGCAAGAAUCUUCUAUACUGGAAAAUCUUUCUUAUGGAAAAAGCGCCAUGCAAAUUACUGAAGAGUACAUGAGCACACUUUCACUAGUCCAACAGAAUAUUAUUAAAAUGGAGAUGGAAAUAUCUCGGCAGACCCAAGCAGCAAAGGAGCAGUGGGUCCCAAAGAGAGAAGUACUUAAGGAAGACUUUGUGUAUGUUCCCAUAAAAGGAGGACACUGGGUACGAUCAGUACCUAAGGCACCAGAAAAGAAGGAAGGAUUCUUCACUAAACUAUUCGCAUGCUUAAAUCCAUUCUCAAAGAACAUUUAAGAACAUAAGCCAUAAAA